CUCUCUCUCUCUCUCUCUCUCUCUCUCUCUCUCUCUCUCUCUCUCUCUCUCUCUCUCUCUGAACGCAACAGCUGCAUUGUGAGUGAUUUGCAAACAUUGAAAGCAAGGCAUUUUGUCCGGCUAACAAUUGGCUAACUCAGCUCAUCAUACUUCCAGAGGGAAAUAACAUUCUUUCAAGACAUUAUUAGUUCUAAUAGCGAUUAUUUUAGCACAAAAUAAGAGUCCCUGACGAAGUCUGAACACAAUGGUAGGCAUGGAGGGUUUUGCCUGUCAGGACAAUUUCUCUGUGUGAAUCACCUGAAAUCAACUGAUAGAGUUUUGCUCCCAAGCAUCUAGCAGUGACUGGUAAGCCCCAACUGCUUCUAUGGUACAUAAUGGAUCAUAGGGGCUUACUUAAACUGUAUGCAAAUACACUUAUUUGAAGCCCAAGAAAACCAUUUAGAGAGUUCCAUGGAAGGGUUUAGAGUAUUUGGGAUUUUUUAAUCUCUUGAACGUGUCCUCCAUGAGCAACUCUUCUAUAACUCCUAACAACAUAUUGUUUCAUUAAAGUAUCCAACACCUGAAGCAAAAUAAGAAAAAAAUAUAUAAAUAAAUUCCAAGCGCUGCUGAAAUGCCUACCCACCUAUUGAUCCCAUAUGUUGAAAGUCCUGAUGGACUAGGCCAUGACCUCCUUAGCCACAGUAGUGCAAGUAUGCCUGGUACUGGAUCUAGCAUGACGCCUCACGCCAGCUCAGUGGAAAAAACAGACUUGCAGACAGAAAGAAGCCUACCUCUAGACUGCAUGUUUUGUGAGGAGACUUUCAUACAUCAUGAAGACCUGGGACCUCACCUUCUCUCAGAGCAUCCCACAACAUUCCAUGCUCCCGCAGUGCUGCGUGUUGAAGCGGAGUUCUUGACUCCUAGUGAGAGGGCUCGUUCUAAGACCAGCCAAGCUGUGGAAAAGAAUGAGGAGCUCUGUUGCGUUGUGUGUGGUCAGGCCAUUGCAGAUGCAACGGAGUUGGAAACCCAUAUGCGAAAGCACAAGGACUCUUUCACCUAUAGCUGUAGCCUGUGUGGACGGCGUUUCAAAGAGCCUUGGUUCCUCAAGAACCACAUGAGAACCCAUGGUGGAAAGGCAGGGUCUAAAAACAAAAAUCAGGACCUGGAGACCCCAGCCACCAUCAAUGACAUAGUCCAAGACCAGCUCCCAUCAUCUGUGAUCACACCUUACAAAAUGUGCAUGGUUUGUGGCUUCUUCUUCUCUAACAAAGAAGUUCUGACUAAGCACAGUAAAGUUCACAAUCGUGAACCAGAAGUGGACGAGAACACCUCUGUCAGCAGCCAACUUGCUGAGGAGGAUCCUGAGUCUAAGGAGGCUUUUUUGCAAACCCUGCAGUUGCAUGCAUCUGGAGACAAAGCUAAACAGAACCACUCGUCUGGACGCUGGAUAUCUCAACUUGACCCUUUCAACACAUACCAGGCUUGGCAGUUGGCCACCAGGGGCAAGUUAGCAGCAGGUCCAAACUUGGCCAAGGAGCUCAACGCAGACUCCAACUCUGACAACGAGGACUCUGGUUCUGACAAAGAGGAACUGGGUGCCAUCUGGGCUUCAAACGGUGGCGAUAAGCCCAGACGAGGUCUGAGAGUUGAAAUCAAGCCGACAGCUGAGAGCCCUUCCCCAUCUCCAGAGCAAAAAGGGCUGAUUCGUAAAGACAAGCCAACAAGCUGUGAAGAGUGUGGCAAGAUCUUCAGGACUUACCAUCAGCUGGUCCUCCACUCUAGAAUCCACAAGAAGGAGAGGGGGGGAGCAGAGAGCCCCACCACACCUGUAGAGGGGAGGGCCCAAAGUGUGGGCUCAUGUAGCAAUUCUUCUCUUGACCGAGCCGAGGAGUAUUCCGAGGAUGGCUCUGAAGAGGGAAUGCCAGUUGACUCCUUUAAUCCAGAUAAAAGUGAGGAUGGCUCAGGUAAAAUGAAGCUCAAAAUUCUUGCGCCAAGAAAAUGCAGUUACUGUGGGAAGACUUUCCGCUCUAACUAUUACCUCAAUAUUCAUCUCAGGACACACACUGGUGAAAAACCUUAUAAAUGUGAAUACUGUGACUAUGCCGCGGCACAGAAAACGUCUUUGAGAUACCAUCUAGACAGACGUCACAAGGACAAGCCUUUCACAGAGAUCCCAAACAUUCCUUCUAGAAACCAUAUCAAGACCAUUGACUCCCCCAAGAAUUUAGAUGACAAAAAGGCCUUUAAACCUGCCAAGCAAUGGCUUGCUCCUAAACCUCUCCCUGCUAUUGUUAAACACGAACCUGGCAAGAGCCAGCCAAUCACUAACAGCACCAGUCCUUCCAUUCAAGUGAAGCAUGAGCAUAUAAGUUCUCCUGUGGUGGCUCCAUACACCCCUGCCAGUGAGGUCAGCAAAAAGUGCCCCUUACCAGUAAACCUAAAGAUGGAGGAGAAGGAGGCUUUCGAGGCACCAUUGAAUUUGUCCCUCAAAGUGUCUCUUUCUGUAUCUGCUACCUCAGUGGAGAGGAACCUGUUACUGACCAACACAUGUACCUCUUGCUCUUAUAAAACCCUCUACCCUGAAGUUCUUCUGAUGCAUAAGAAGCUCAUCCACAAGGAGAAAUUGGACGUUAAGAAGAACGGAUACAGGGGACCUCAAAAGCAGAAACGAUACACUGGUUGCCCCCCAGCUCUGGAGGGCAAAGACGUCACUCCUUUGCCCCAAAUCAACAGGAAACAUCCCCGCCGGACAAAAUCCCCACUACGCCAGCAAGAAAAACCUGGGGAGAAGGCUUCCAAACAUCCUCAAACGUCUAAGAUUUCUCCCACCAAAGAACGCUCGAGAGAUCAGCACCAGGAGAGACAUAGAGGCAGGGAAUCGGAUGUACCAACCAGCUCGCUAUCCAGAAUCCCAGAACGUGCUGCAGAAUCAAGCAGGAAAUUAAAUGCACCACUGGUAAUCGAUCGAGAUAUGUCCAAGCAGAGACCUGGCAUGGAUCAUCAGAGGGCAAGUAUGGGCAAAAACGGAAUGGUUUGGCCCACAGAUCCAGGCAGACUUUGCCUGUCAGACCGAUUCAGAAACCUGACGCAAAUGGACUUCGGUGAACCCUCUAGUAAAAGACAGAAGUCCUUUGAGCCUCUACAUGCUGCUUCUGGGCGGCACAGAGAGAACUUCAACAGGCCAGUGCCUUACGGAAGAAAUAUGAAAAUAUCACUCCAGACGAAUUCCCCCGUAGCUCCUGUUAAGGUGACUCCAGCGACGUCUAGCAGCAGCUUGCAAGCGGACUGGAAUGUCAUCAACUUGCUGGGCACCUACACACCCAACAACUUGACCUCACUCUAUCAUCCCACCACUGCAAGUUCCAGUCAUGGUGUCAUGGCAUCACCUGUGACAGGGAAUAGGUCCAUGAUUGUCCCUCAUUACUCCACUAGCAUGAGAAUCCAAACCAGCCCUCUUUGUAACGAACGCUGUGGACCUUCAGAUAAGAGCUCUUAGAACUUUCCAAGCUUUGAAAUACACAGAGAAAACGAUGAUGCCGUCACCAACGUUGUGGACCUCAGCUGGGAGGAAAGUUUAAAUGACUUGAUGUUGCUCUGGGUGUUCGUCAGACACUACCGCUACAGGGUUCAGCAUAUUGGAAGGAUGAACUGUGAGAUAUGGGCCUUGGACUGAACUUUGACUACAGCCUUGAACAGUGUUGUUUUGAUUCAAAUUGCAUUCCAUUAUGGCAAUAGUUCUAUCUGCAGUGCACUUAACACAACGCCGAAUGUCGGACGCAUCCCUGUUUACUGUGCAUGACGGUUGGUUUUGGGUCGGUGGUUUUUGAAUGCCUAAAUACUAAUGACAACACAAAAUCAAGCAAGUGCCUCCAUUUACAUUUAUUAAAAGCCUGAGUGCUUUAUACGAGUGGACGACACAGCACAAAUAAAAGGGGGAGUGAUGUUUUUGAUUGUUUGUAUUGUUAAUGUUUAACAUCUCUUCUCACGAUUUAUAGGUCAACUUUACGCUAUGCAGAAAAUGGAAUUUCCGAAGUUCAAAACCUUCUUGUUUGUACAAAUUUAGCUGCUGUGUUCAAGCAAUGGUGACAUACUGUGCUGUCAGUACAUUUAAAAAUAAAAGAAAUGCAGGGACUGCGUGGAACCUUUUUCACUGUGACAAAAAAACAUUCAGGAUUGACGAAAUGCAUAACUGUGAUCCCGCCACUGCCAAGCAGUUCUGUCGAAUGUGUGGUGAGCAUUUAUGUUUAUUUGUUGUUGUUUGUUACUUUUUCAUACACCUGAAUGUUUUUGUUCUUGUGUGGUUUUUUACUUAAUAAUCAAUGAUGUGUAUUUAUUUUCAGAUAAGCGUGUUGCUUCAUUAGGUUGUCAUUGCGUUUGUGUGGAUAUGUUUUUGAUUUUGUCUCGAAACCCAUGCAAUGGUGGCUAAAGCGUGUCAUGGUUUCAGUUACAGUCGGUGUUCAAGAUACUAGCGUAUGUUUAGCCACCAGAGAGUUAAAUUAUUUUGUCAUAUUUAAGGGGCUUUCAUGAGCUGAAGCAAAUGCAUCAUAUUCAUUUGAUAAUAAACUUGAAACAUGUUUUUUUUUUUCUUUCUUUCUUUUGCUUCACUUUAUUACUGGAAAACUGAGGAAUUGCCCCUUUUUUGGUUCUGUUAGCAAGUCUAGUUUGGCUAACUGAACUGGUGGCUGUCAUUGUGUUUUCUGAUAAUGGUACUGGUAAGUCAAAAACCCGAUGCUCCUUUAUGCUGUAUCUUAUCAACAACUUAUCAAAUGCAAGUUUUUUUUUCUUGCCCCCUCUCAGUAUUUUGACUUGUGAAACUUUUUAAACACUGAAUUGGGUUAGCGUACUGUAGGUAGUUUGGUUUACAAGUAGUUACCGCCAUGUGUAAAUAUGUGUUUGUAGUUAUACUAAUAUUUGUUCCCUUUUUUCUUUUUUUUUUUCCCUUU